AUGAGUAACGAAAAAGCUGAUAUGGUUGAGCAAGAGAGGGAUCCAAUAUUGGAUAAGGAGAAGGGAGAAUACUUUGUGGGGAAAAAUGAUGAGAUUAAUAAGGGGAUUGAAAAUGUUGUUAAUCUGUCAGAUGUGGUGGUAAAAACUGAUCAUUUUGUGGAUGUAAGAGAUGGAGCUGCCAAGAGUGUGGAGGAUUUACAUGAUGGUGGACAGAAUUUGGUGAAUUUGGAAAGGUAUGUUCAGGUGGGAGUUGGUGUUACCCCUUUGAGUGUUGUUGGGGGUAUGUCUGGAAAUUUUACUUGUUGUAACCUGGAGAAGCAAUUUUUUGUUCCCUCUAAGGAUUUUUUCUAUGUGGAACAUCAGUAUGCUCCAAGGAAAAGGUUGGGCUUGUCGAUGGAUGAUGGCAUAGGCAUAGAAAGGAGGAUAGAUCCUCCUGAUAAGGGGUAUAUGUCUGAUGAAGGGAAUGCUGGUUGUACAAGGAUCAAAAGUUUUAUGGAGGAAUUGGAGGAGGAAAGCUCUGAAUCUAAUGCUUUGAAUAAGAUUUCUAGUGAAGCUUCUAUUAGACUUUGGUCCAAAGGUACCCGUCCUGAUUUUGUUCAUGAUUAA